CAGAGGGUGGCUUUUGCGUCACUCGUGGCAAACCAAGUUAGCACCCCGCCUGGUAGAGCACCGCUGAAUCUAGCUCAGGUGAGAUCAAUGUUCGGUAACAAUGACAAUACCACAGACCUAAUGCUACCCAUACUCUUAGACAUGGCUAAUCUUAUUCGAAGAGCGGUCAGGUCGGGGAAGGAACCAAGAGAGGUCAAAAUACCGUACGAACCAGCACCACCACAGUUACUCAGACGAUCAUUCACAGAAGACACGGUUUACGAUGAUGAACCAUUUGAAACGGGCGUAGAACUCACUACCAUGCGAUCUCGUAGAAUAUUACCAAGGAAUCACACUAAUAGAGUUUACACUGGAAACAGAGUACAGAAUGUGAUACACAGAGAAACUAAUAUUUCAAACCGUACACAUGAAAGGAACACAACUACGCCAUCAACAACUACUUCAGAGGCAACAACACCAAUGUCAGUGACGAAGAUAAGCAGCAAAUACACGAACGUAUCGCGACUUGACAACGGAACAUUAGACUUGAUGGCAGAGUCUACGAACCAGACGCUGGCCCAAGACUUGCCGGUAGCUGAGAAGUUGAGGGCACUAAACAGAUAUAGUGAUAGAAAAGGAGCUCAGUUCCGUCGCGGUACCUACCAGCCGAAGCCCCCAGUUCGCCGCACUACGCCUGAGCCAGCCUCGCCGAUCCCACAGUCCAUUGCCAAACGCCGACCAACUCCAGCGAGGAAGCUCCCUGUAUCAGCUGCUGAUCCUAACAAGUGUGAACUGUUUACCAAUACGCUGUGUCUACACUCCGAGGAUUACCCCACGUAAGUAAUGAAUAAAACAGUUGUAAAUCAUUUAUUCCUAUACAGCAACACAUUCAUCGCUAGACACCUAUGACAAAAACUUUUUUCAAUGCAUUAGUUAAGUUUAACUGUCAAACAUUGCUUUAAUGUUCGAAAGAAGUUAAAACCGUUGUACAUGAUGAAUACAUAAAACACAGCAUCUAUAUUAUCACAAUAACGAUGUUUAACAAGCAUGAAAAUUCAAAACCAGUUCAACAACUUGUUCCGACUUCGUAUAAUUUCCCAAAAUUUUAUAAACUGGUCUUCAACUUUGAUAUUUAGUUGCAUAACCAGGAUUGUAUAGAAAGCAAGAGUUACUGUUAGCGAAAGUGUUUCUCUGGUGGUUUGCGAAUGUCAUGUGAUUUUCGCGUGUCCGCCAUUAUCGAGAAUGAGGUGCGAGUUUUUGAGGUCUACCUCUUUUCCUCUAUUGUGAACGUUUUAUUAAUG